AUUACAGGGUUAUUUAGUGCUUUUCUUAAAUUUCUCUUUUGCCGAACUUCUUCAAAUUAACCCUUCCCCGAUUUUUCACUUAUAAAAUCAGUGUGUAGAAGAGCUCUGCAAUUGCACUUUCGAAGUUCCAAUGGAUCCUCUAAAUUCGUACGCAUCCUCGGCGGCGAUGGCGCAGCAAACCUGGGAGUUAGAGAACAACAUCGUGACAAUGGACGCGCCGUCGGGUUCGAUACCGGAAAAUUCAGCGUCUGACGCCAUAUUCCACUACGACGAGGCGGCACAGACGAAGUUCCAGCGGGAGAAGCCGUGGGCGAGUGACCCUCACUUCUUUAAGCGCGUGAAGAUCUCUGCUCUCGCGCUACUCAAGAUGGUCGUUCACGCGCGUUCCGGUGGUACGAUUGAGGUGAUGGGACUCAUGCAGGGUAAGACUGAUGGCGAUGCGAUUAUUGUCAUGGACGCUUUUGCCCUUCCCGUUGAAGGCACUGAAACUAGGGUUAAUGCUCAAGCUGAUGCCUAUGAAUAUAUGGUCGAGUAUUCACAGACCAACAAGCAGGCUGGUCGGCUGGAAAAUGUGGUUGGGUGGUACCAUUCUCAUCCUGGUUAUGGAUGCUGGCUCUCUGGCAUUGAUGUUACCACACAAAUGCUUAACCAGCAAUAUCAGGAGCCCUUUCUUGCAGUUGUUAUUGAUCCAACAAGAACUGUUUCUGCUGGAAAAGUUGAGAUUGGUGCCUUUCGAACAUAUCCAGAAGGAUACAAGCCUCCAGAUGAUCCUAUCUCAGAGUACCAGACCAUUCCGUUGAACAAAAUUGAAGAUUUUGGAGUACAUUGCAAGCAGUAUUAUUCAUUGGAUAUUACGUAUUUCAAGUCCUCUCUUGAUUGCCAUCUCUUGGACCUACUAUGGAACAAGUAUUGGGUGAACACGCUUUCGUCUUCUCCUUUGCUUGGAAAUGGAGACUAUGUUGCUGGACAGAUAUCUGAUCUUGCUGAAAAGCUGGAGCAAGCUGAAAAUCAACUGUCCCAUUCACGUUUUGGCCCCUUAAUGGCACCCCCUCAAAGGAAGAAAGAGGAAGAAUCUCAGCUUGCUAAGAUUACACGUGAUAGUGCUAAGAUUACUGUCGAGCAAGUUCAUGGCUUAAUGUCGCAGGUUAUCAAAGACAUUCUCUUUAAUAGUGUUCGUCAGUCAGGCAAGUCGCAGAAAGAACCCUCCGGUCCUGAGCCCAUGAUCGAAACCUGAAAAGUUUAUAUCCUAUUAAUCCGGAUGUACAUCUGUUUGGUGCAACUUCUAGGUUUAUAUUUUUGCAGUCGUUGCUACACAACUUUGACUCCGCUCUUAUGUAGCUCCAAAGAGGUGAAAAUUUAAGGUGAUUGACUCUAGAGAUUUAGUGACCAUUGCAGUUUAAUGUUAUGGAAGAUUUUGCCAAAUCUUUCACUAGUUCUUCUCCUUCUCUUUUGCUAAUUAUAAAUUUGGUAGAU